AUGCAGCUCCAGCUCUUGUCUUCCGACGAGCCCCUCGUGCCGUCCGCGCCGCUGAAACUGCGGGCCAACGAGCUGCGCCAUCGCACGCCUCAGCGCGUCGAGCUCUUGCGCCAACGCACUGCCGUCGCGUUUGACCACCAGACGAUUGACCUGCGCCAAGCGUUUCGGACAGCACCAGAGCCAGUGACAAUCGCGCUGCCGGCGUCCCAGAGCUGCGCGAGUAUCCUUCGGAACCGGUCCACGUCCGCGUCGCUGGCGUCCAUCGCGAGCGUCCCCGAAGCACACAGGCACAAGGAGCUCUUGAAGAAGAAGAAGAAAAAGGUGUCGUUCGUCCAGACGGAGCCAGAGCACGAGCUCGAGCACGCGAGUGCCUCAGGCAGUAGCAGCAGCAGCGGCAGCACUCCCGACGACCACUGCAGCUGCCAGAGUUUGCGCCCGAUGGGUCCGAUCCGCACGAUGCCGUCGCCGAUCCACGCGUCCUGCAGGCGCGCCGAGCUCCAGGCGCUCAAGCACUUGCUGAGCUUUUACUUUGGCACCGACUUGAUCAAGCUCGUGAACUCGAGCUGCGCCUGUGGCCGCACGCCGCUGGAAGUGGCCUGUGAAACAGGCAGCACAAAGAUUGUCAAGUUGCUGCUCAAGCGCCACGCCGAUCCAAAUGGCACUGGGAGCUGGUACCGCCCGUCCAGAGCUCUUCGGCAGCCCACGACAUUGUCGAGUCACCUUCGGAACCACAGGAGACGCAAUGGCGACGCUGUCGUUGCAUUGCAGCAGACUCGACGGACGUGCGUUGGCAUUGCGUGCAAGAACCGGAGACUGGACAUUCUCGAGCUCUUGAUGCGGUACGGCGCUCGGAUCGACGAAGAUGCUCUGGUGAUGGCUGCAAGUCACGGACACGAGGACGUGGUACGCACGUUGGUGACGUUUGCAAACGUGGAUGCCCGAAAGCGGACGAGCGCAGUGCACCACCUCUUUUACAAGAAGGGCGCAGAGGCGCACGAACGCACCCACGUCCCGUUGAUCUCGAGCUCGUCGCUGCAGAAGGCGUGCUCGGCAGCAGCACUGGAACACGCGGGCUUGAUCCGCGUAUUGCUCGGGGGCGGCAAAGACGCCGCGUCGAGGGCGAACAUCGUCCAGUGUGCAUUUGACGCCGUGCGGUUAUCAGACUACCGCUUGCUCAAGUGUCUGACCAGGAUGUACGAUCCCCGACUGUUGCUGGACGCACGCGAGAAGUCGUCACAGAGCUCGCUGCUGCAUUUGGCAGUGAAGAACGACAGCGCUAGGGCCGUCAUGCUUCUGGUCAAGAUGGGGGCUGACGUGCACGCUCGAGACGGCAGUGGCAUUGUGCCGCUGUACUUGGCCUGCGCCCGUGGCCAAGAAGCGGUGGUCCAGACUCUGCUCGGGAAAGGAGCCAAGUGCACAGCCGUCGGACCCAGUGGCGAGACCGCGCUGCACAUUGCGGCCCAAGAGAACCAGCUUGCUUGCGUGAAGCUCCUGCUUGAAGUGGGGAAGGUGCCGGUGGACGACGUGACACACGAUGGCUGCACGGCGCUCCAUUUGGCGUCUCAGCGCGGUAACACCGCCGUUGCUGCGUGUCUGCUGGACCACGGGGCCAACGUGGAUGCCGUGACACUCGGCAACGAGUCCCCUCUGCUCAAAGCCAGCCGCAUGAGCCAGCUUCAGACCGUCGAGCUGCUCCUUUCGCGCAACGCGAGCGCGCAGCCCGUCGUGGUGACGUCGAGGACGUCAGAGCAGCAGUUGACAGUCGCUAGUGGUCCUCCUUUCGCGUCUUCUUCGUCGAACUUGUCGGGAUCAGGAGCGCAGUUGCCUCGACGACGAUCGUGGUCGUCAUCAGGCCAUGACUCGCACCGGAACAAUAGCAAGCACAGCGAGCACAUGUUCAUCACCAAGUCCAGCACGCACACAUCAUUGAAGCACUGGUUCCGCUCCAUGCUGAACAACUGA